AGAGCGCAGGCGCGGGAGGCGGGUCUUCCGGUCGGGGUGGCAGCAAUGGCGGCGGCGGGGACGACGACGGUGUCCUGGGAGCGGGAAUCGGCGGCGGCGGCGGCCGAGGCAGAGCGUCGCGUCCGGGCCUGGGCGGAGGCGCAGCGGGCUGGCGGGCGCCGCGUGGCGCUGGUGACGUCCGGCGGGACGCAGGUGCCCCUGGAGGCCCGCGCGGUCCGCUUCCUGGAGAACUUCAGCAGCGGGCGGCGCGGGGCGGCUUCGGCGGAGCGUCUGGCGGCGGCCGGCUACUCCGUCUGCUUCCUGCACCGGGCGCGCUCGGCCUUCCCCUGGGCGCGCGUGCUGCCCCCGCCCGGCCCGGCCCUGCUGGACCUGCUGCGCGUGCACGAGGAGGACGGGGCGGUGGGCGUGCGCGACGGGGCGCUCCCUGCGCUCCUACCCGCCCUGCGCGCCUACAGCCGGGCCCGGAACGACGGAGCCUUCCUGGCCCUGGAGUUCGCCGGGCUGGCCGAGUACCUGGCCCUGCUGCGCGCCGCCGCCCGCGCCCUGGCCCCGCUCGGUUCCAGCGCCAUGUUCUACUUGGCAGCGGCUGUGUCGGAUUUCUACAUCCCCCCUUCAGAGAUGCCCGAACAUAAAAUCCAGUCUUCUGACGGGCCCCUCCAGAUAACCAUGAAGAUGGUACCCAAAAUGCUGUCUCCUCUGGUUAAGGAAUGGGCCCCCCAGGCGUUUGUGAUCUCCUUCAAGUUGGAAACUGAUCCUUCGAUCCUGGUUGAAAAAGCCAGGCAGGCCCUGGCCAAAUACAACCAUCAGGUAGUCAUUGCCAACGCCUUGGACUCGCGAAGAACCGCCGUGAUCGUUGUGACUAAGGAUUCAGAAACCCCGUUGUCCAUUUCGGAGGAGGAAAUCGCCCAAGGGAUAGAGCUUGAGGACAAGAUUGUCAACCACCUAGUAUCCCAGCACAAAGCCUUUAUGGAAAAAUGAUUUCCUGAUGGAUAAAUGUGAAAUCUUCCAAGCUGAAGCUAUAAAUUUAAGAACUGCUAGGAGCUGGUGAUGGUGACACUGGAAAGCUUCUAUUUCCUGUUAACAGAGAUCUCAUUAACUGGGGUCAGGGAGGCGGAAUCUGACACAGCUUCCUGGUUUUCUUUGCACAUCUCCAGACCCGUUUGCUGCUCAUUGGUGAGAAGGUUUAAAGGACAGAAACAUUCCAAGUCACGACUCGCUCUGGUGUGUGAUUGAUUCACAGGGGUUGGUGUUUUGGAGACCAAACAGACAGCAACCUACCCCCCCCUCGCCUUGGUAAAAAUUACUCAGGAAAAAUUGAAAAGCGUUCUAGUCAAUUUCUGAAUCUUGUUCCACCUUGAAUUAAGCCAGUUUGCACAAAAUAAUAAGAAUUUCUCAGCCAGCAUUUGGCUUGUUGACAUCGUCUCCCAAUUUUGGGUAGUCCCAAAUUUAUUAACUGGUCAAAUAAUAGAUCCAUUGGAGUGUGGUAGACCAGUGAUGUUCCAAUGUUGUCUUUUUUGUCCAAAAUGUCUCCAUCUGACCUUUUCUGAAGUUAAUGUUUUCCUGUUCUCUUGCAAGAAAAAAGUCAAAUGGUUUAAAUCUUCCAUCACUUUGAUGCCUUAGGAAAUGUGAAUUUUAUACAUGUAGUCCUCCACUUAUAACCGUUGGUUUAAUGACUGUUCAAAGUUAGGACAAUGAUGAAAAAUGUAACUUACAACUGGUCCUUGUACUUACAAACUGUUGCAGAGUCCCCACGGUUACUGGAUCAAAAUGUGUGCGCUUGGCAACCAGCAUCCCAGGGCCAUGUGAUCACCAGUCGUGACUUUCCCAGGGAGCUUUUGACAGCAAAAUCAAUGUGGGAGGCUGAUUUGCUUAAUGGCCGCAGCAAAAAAAAAGGUCAAAAAAAUCAGGCACAACUCACUUAAUGAUUGCAUUGCUUACUGACGGAUGUUCUGAUACCACUUGUGGUAGUAAGUUGAGGGCUUCCUGUAUUGUGUUGCUGCUCAGUUCUGCCUUCCUUAAAAUGGUUUGCUGGCUAUGCUUUCAUGAUACACCCCAGGUUAAUCAAGCCACGUUAUGGUUCCUUUGUUACUAAGACCCAAAAUUGAUUGCCCUGUGUUUGCAAACUAUAACUGUCAAACUUCUUGGAUCGUGUUUUAAAAUUGACCAGAAAAAGGAAUGUGAUACUUGAGGAAGGCUGUGAAAAAGGAAGACAAUAUAGAGAUUCAGAAUAAUUAAAAAAAAUCAGAAACUAGACUCAAGAAAUUGUA